AUGGUUGUUGCUGUACUUGCGUUCCUUGAAGUUCUUUUUCUUGCGCUUGGACUCAAGGUCUUUGUAGAAGUCGCCAAAUUUGAAGAAGUGCACCACAGACCCGUACGAGAUGAUCCCGGCAGAAAGGUUCUGGUGGAGCGUGAUGUUGAAGAUGCCCAGCAGCUGGUUGCCCAUGAGCUGGAGCAGUUUCGUGUUGGGUUUCACGGCGAUCUUGCGGAAAAACUCGCCCGUGUUCACGUCGUAGAGCUCCACCUUGCCGUUGUACGAGCCGACGGCCAGCACGAGCGAGUUGACCGCGACCUCCGACAGCGCGGGCAGGUCGAAGUUGGCGUUGGUGUGCACCACGCGCUGCGACACCAGGUGGUUCGGGUCCAGGUCCAGCGAAACGUCCAGCUUGUCGACCUGCGGCGUGCUUUCGAAGACACUAAACAGAUUGCGGAUGAUGUAGAUUGCUCCGUCACCGUCCAGAACAACCACCACGUCUUUGUAAUUCGACUUGAUCUUGGCAAUCGACCCGUCGCAAACAUGACAAACCGCCGUCUGAACGCCUUUCUUCACGUCCCAGCCCACAAGGUUGCCGUUCUCGUCUCCAGUAAGAGCCCCGAUCUUGCCCUCCUUGCCAAGCUCGGAAACGUUCACAUGAACGCUCGUGACCAUCCCACGAUGGCCCGUGCCACGGUACUCCUUCACGCCCGGCAGCAGGAUGUUCUUGUGGUUCACCAGCGACCCGUAAACCUUGCUGUCCCAGCGGCCAAACACGAUGCUGUGCUGGCCCAGGGCGUACGCGGUGGUGCCGCUUGGAAUCGUCGAGUGCUGUGUGUCCACGUUCGCGCCGUUGUUGAGGUUGCACGUGACAAGGUUUCCUGUGUUCUUGUUGAGCGAAAGAAGCCGGCUGGUGUGGAAAUCGCAUUGGAUGUCCGUUGUGUAGAACAGAUCUUCGAGAUUAGCCGCGAGCGCGCCACGCUGGAAAACACCUCCCCCACGUUGUCAAACCUCUGUCUGAAAAUUUGCAUCCACAUCGAGUUGUCCUUCGACAGCCGGUACCAGGUCUUGCACACGAGGGAGAGGUUCUUGAGCGAGCUCGGGUCCAGAAACCGAAACACCACCAUCAGCAGCUCGAGCGGUAACGGCGAGCCCGUGCGCUCGUCGCCGGUGUCCGCGCUGUUGCCCACCUCGUAA